GCCAAGUGUCACUCACUGCCCCCGCUCGUCGAUGCGGCCCAGCUGCUGCCACCCACCAAACUGACAGUCGACAUUACCCAAAUGCUCGUUGAAGCCCUUGUUGAUGGCCCCCUCCUCUAUGCCGUGUCGGGCCGCCUCGUCCAGCCGGGCGAUCUGCACCACCUCACGCACACCCACACGGCCCCGUGUGUGGACCACCUGGUGUGGGCGGCUGUCGGCUCUGAUGGCGAAGCACUGCAGCGGCACCCGCACCGUCACGCCGCCCACAUUGGCCGUCCCGCCCACUACCUCCCUGUUGCUGCUGGCAUACAACGCCGACUGGAUGAAGUGGUGGACGGCCGCACACACACGGCGGGCCAUGUCGCUGUGCCGGAUGCCGAUGUUGACAGCGAUGGCCUCACUGGCGGCGCCUUGGUCGAAGCACAUGGCGGCGAUGCGCCAGCCGAUGGCCUCUGCCUCGUGUGGGCCGUAUCCAGCGGGGGCGGGGGACGGACUGAACAGAGGUGUGCCGGGGGGCUGCAGCAGGUGGGGGAGGAGACUGGGGAGGGACCUCAUCAGGAAGGCCGCCAGCGACCGCUGAGGGGCGAGGGCGGCAUUCACGGCCGCCAUGACCUCGGUGUGGAUGUCGUUGAGCACUGCCGUGCACUGGGGCAGCACCAGCUGGCGAUAACAACGGUCUUCGUGUGUGUCUGUGGGGAUGCGGCAGAUGUCUGCUUCGCUUCGCAGCAAAAUGCGGACGUUCGUCUCAUGAAUGGGAAUCUCACUGGCGGCAUGGUCUCUCUCGUCUUGCUGAUCGUUGACGUCUUGCGAUGCCUCAGUCGAUCCAUAGAUUCUGCGGGCGGCCACAUAUAGGGGCGUCUCGUUGCGGUACCGCGUCCCUCUGUCGAUGUCCGCUGCUGCCACAUGGCGGCAGAGGUAGUCGGUCACACAGAGAGCGCCCCAACGUGCCGCCUCGUGCAGAGGCGUUGAUCCAGACCCAUUUACUGCCGUCAGACUCGCCCCGUUGUCCACCAGCAGGUCCAGAUACGAAUCGAUGAACGCCUGCGAAUAGUGGCCUUGCUCCCUGUGGGCCGCGGUGUGGACCAAAUCGCGUUCAAUUGCGAGUGUGGCGUCGUGCUGGAUGAGCCGCCGAAAUAUCGACAGCAACCGCUGCUCAUACGCGGGGGACAUCUGGAUUCGGUCCCAGAUGGGCCGCAUGGGAAGCUGCAUGACGAGGACAGGGCCACGGGGGGGGCGCACCGCAGCACCGCGCGCCAACAAGACCCUCAUUGCGCUCUCAUUGCCCCCACGGAUAGUCAUCCUGAUGGGUUCGUUGUCCCAAAAGGUCGGCUCGUUCAUGUCGGCGCCUCCGUCGAUGAGGGCAUUCAAGCUGGCCGCCUCGGCCUCAGGAGACGACCAAUGAGGCAACGUGAGUGCGCAGCGUCG